AUGCUUCAAUUUAUGACACGACGCUGUAAAUAUUACGUAUUUAUCAAUGCAUUUAUAUGCAGUGUUGCCAUGGUCAGCUACGUUUGUGUAUCAUCAUUAAAGCUUCCCAUCGAGUUUUCUGGCCUAUUGACGCUACAGCUCUUGAUGGUCUACAGUGUUAGUGUUCUACGUAUUCUAGCAAUCAUCAAAUGGUUUGAAUGGAUUGCGACCAAGAAACAUUUGAUUAAUCAAGACAAUCGCAUACAGCUCACGGACAAGCAUAUCAGGAGCAUCUACUACCGUAUCUUGUGGCUCGUAGUGCCAACCGAGUGCAUGUCCUUCUGGUUUGCAGAACGAACUGCUCUGUCCGUGCAAGGUCACAUUAACUGGCAAUCAUUCCUUGCUGAGUACAUCCUGUUCAUCCCCAAGUCUUUGCUUUUUGAAAUCAUCUUUGACUUUUUUCACUUUAUGAUGCAUUGGGCUUGCCACUCAAGCUUGUGGCUCUACCAAAACGUGCAUAAGCGUCACCAUUUGCAUCUUCACCCGUGCCCUUUGUCAACUUACGAGCAAGACGGAUUGGAUUUAUGCCUCACAAAUGUGCUACCAUUCUGUCUGGCAUGGAGCCUUGGCUCCUUCUCGGAUCUCCAGCUGCACUUGUUAUUUGCAUACAAGACGUACGUGGAAGUCGCUGGUCACUCUGGUCUGGACAUUAAAGGUUUCUCCUUCCCACAGAUGCCACUACUGAAUAACGCCACAAGCAUUUGUCUACGAGUACAUGAUCAUGAUGCUCAUCACACACAUCCACGCUGGAAUUUUGCAAAGCGCUUUUCACUUUGGGACAAGCUUUUUCGUACGUUUCGUCCGGGCAAAUAA